AUGCCUUCGCUCAUCUCUACGCUGGCGUCGACGACAAAAUCUAAGCUGCUCUUCAGAAAGCCGAGAUGGGUGAGUAAUCGGGCUGUGGCGGUUGAAUGUGGAGAUUCAACGGACCAAAGCUUAAUUGGUGGAGGAAGUUCCGAAGCUGCCGAAACUGGGUCAAGAAAAGAUUGCGUUCAUCCUCCGUUCGAGGACAUCGAUAGCCAGUUUCCGAAACUGCGUCUUCUUGUUCCCGUAAAAGUUUCACUAAGUUCUGUGUUUAACAACAAGGAAAACACCAAGAAAAUCAUGGAGGAAUUUGUGAACGAAGUGUUGGAGAGAGCUUUUAGUGAUAUAGUUCCAAUAUAUCCAUAUUUGGCUUUCAUUCCACAACCUAUUGUUUCCCAGCAACCCUUGUUGCAUUUGAUGAAUGGUCUAAUAGUGCAACAAGGGUUUCAAAAUUCACUUAAUUUGUGCGUUGAUCCUAAUGUUGUUGAGGCUCAACCUUCGUUGCCAGCCCAAGAAGCAUGUGAUGAAAGACCUGAUCGGCACCAGCCUAAUGCUGAAAGGAAUGAAAGAACUUUGUUCUUGACCUUCUCAAGGGGCCAUCCUGUUUCAGAAGAAGAACUCAGAGGCUUCUUUACAAGGAAAUUUGGAGAGUGUAUAGAAGCAAUAUGUAUGGGAGCAGAGGAGGGAAAUUCGCAGCCACUGUUUGCUCGUGCUGUUGUUAAAUCUUCCUCAGAUAUCACAAAAAUUCUUGUUGGCGUAGACGACAGCGGCAAAGCCAAAUUCUCAAUUCAUGGGAAAGAUGUUAUCGUGAGACGCUUCUUUCCAAGACAAAACAAGUAG